AUGGCUCCCUUCAACAAAGGUGUUUCCACAUAUCAUUGCAUCCAAGGCCUCUACUGGAGAGAAUCCAAUGGCGAGCUCUUAGCUGUCGAAGGCAGCAAUUCGAAGUCGCUUCCGGAAGCAUGGCCACAGUUGAAGGCGGAGAUUUGUUCUGCGGAUGCGUCAUGGACCCAGUCACUUGCUUCAGACAACUUCAGCAUCUGGGCAGAACGGUUUAUCCUCCUCGAAACUCACUUCCAGCCCUUCAGCAACAUAUCAGAUUCAUCUACACCAUGGGCAGCGAAGAACCGCGCUGUCUGUGAUACAAUCGCGGAGAUCUUCGAGCGCAAACUCAAGAAUCUUUCUAAAGACGAUCAGUGGGACAUCUGCGGGCGUGAAGGCUUCCUCAACCGGGUGUAUGGUUUUGUCGACAAGAACCUUCCAAUCCUUCUGGCAUUGCCUGCUUUUCCGUGCAAGUCGCCUAAUCCCAACAAAGCUGGCGGUAUUAUGCCGGAUCUUGCAGAGAAUAUCGCAUUAGACGUACUUUACGAUUUCAUCAAGGAAGUAAACGCCGUGUACGAGCCAGGAGCGACUAUGUGGAUUAUCAACGAUGGACACGUCUUUUCCGACUGCAUUGGUGUUGACGACGAGAUGAUUGACACAUACGAUGCCUGCAUGGCCGAAAUUUACAAGGAGCGUUUCCCUAACCAGACUGCACCUGUUCAAGCAAUGGACUUUAAGGGCUUGAAAAACAUCUUCAACGCCAACUCUGAGGGCUUCCAGAGCUUGAAGAAAGUUGUCGGUAACUCGCAUAAAAUGCCACACCCAGUCAAGACAAAGAUGACGGGUGAAGCGGAGCUGUGCAGAAUGCUCAUGCUGGGUAUUGGUGGUGCUGAUCGUGCUUAUAUCCGCUCGCUCAUUGAACAGCAAGAGCCAGAUACGCUCGGAUUGUACCGCGGCCAGACCCGGUUCAUGCUCGAAGAUCUUGCCGACGUUCCUUCGGUCAAAUCCCUCAGUGGCAAGCAGAAGAAGAAGACUGCCGCCCUUGUAGCCGAGGAAAUGAUCUCUCGGAACCAGGGGUACUCGAACCUAGUUGAGCUUUUGUUGCCAAACUACGUUCGUUUGUCAAUCCACGCUCACAACAACAAAGGCCCUAAGUUCGCCAUCCGCUUGCUCCCUAAGCAUAUGGUCCGUCCUAUCGACAGUCUUGAGAAUCGCCUGGAGCCUGUAGCCGCAUAUGAGUUUCAAAUUCCGACACCUUGGCACAACUGCAUGAUCAAGGUAGAGGGUGACGACUUCAUUUAUCUUGCUCGUUCCGCUGUUGCUAAGAAGGCUUUGGCGAGCUCCGAGUACACAGGCUCCUGGAUCAAUGGACCCGAUGGCUCGUAUUACAGCUUGAAGCGUGCUGCAGCUCGUCUGCCCACCCCUGCAAAGCUGAUCAUCCCUCAACUGGCAGUCGAAAAAGUUACCAUCUUCGACGAGAAGAAGGGGCCUAUUGUGGUCGUCUCUCCAAUGGCAGAGAAGCUACGCCCGAUUGUCAUCUGCUCUCCAGUUGUUGGAAGGAAAAGUCCCAUUGUCGUCACAAACCCAACAGAUGGCGGGAGACCAAUUGUUAUCUGCUCACCACAGGCAAGGAGGAAUAUUUCCUCUCUGUGGUCACCUGUGCUGCAGAAAGUCCGCAACCCUGUUGGCUCUCCUAUCGUUCGUACCAAGACUUCCAUCGCGAUUUGCUCUCCUGUCACCGAGAAGAACGGCGCACAGACGCCUAUCGAGUCUCGCCCCUUCAAGCGUGUUGACUCGCAUUGGGUCCGUCCAGGAGAGCAGACCAGCAGGCUACGCUCCUUCAUUCAAGCAAAUCUUCCUCAGCUUCGAUCCCAGGCAGUGUAGCGGCUUUUUCUUAUCUACAACAUCUCGCAUGCUUUUCAAGUUGGAUUCUCUGUUCACUAUGUUUGAUUUCAGCGAAUACCUAGGGAGCUACUUAGAUAGUAUGCUUUGGCAUUUGCACUGGCGUUCUUUGAGGUCUUCCUUUUCAAUAUAUCAUUUAGUAGGGGCGGUCGUAGCUUGCAGUUCAGUAGCACGACAUCGUUUAAUCAUUACUAGCUUUUCUGAACCUUUGUACAUCUGUGGUGCAACAU